GUGCUCUUAGUUCAGUGUUGAUCUUAUGAAUCAACCAAUGCCAAAGUUUUCUCCAGCUGUUUAAAUUUCUGUGGAUCUUAGUUAUGUGUGACAUACCCGUGAUCCAAUGUAAAUUAAACUUCCUGUUUGUGAUAAUGGCUGUUACAAAACUACACCCAAUGUAACGACGUAAAAAGUUGGCAAUGGAAGAACCAGAAGACGACCUUGGGUCAGUGUACCAGCUUUAUAAUUUUGAUGUCUCCAAGGAAUUAGCUCUCCCUGACUUCUACAAUCAGCGUAAAAAUGAAUUACCUAUGUUAAUUAUUGUCAGUGGGGGAAACUAUGGUCAAACAAAAUGGGAUGAAAUAUCUACAGAUCAGGUGAUGAGGUUUCACACUACACACUCUGUACGGCGAGUUUUGGCGAGAGAACCGACGGAAGCCAACGACAUCAAACUGGAAUAUCUCAGCAUACCUGUCAAUGGCAACUUCCGGUUUCAACUGGUCAAGUCUCGAACUCAACAGAGUUCUUCCAUGACAAUGAGUGAGGUCCUGGAGUCCAGAGAACUUCCUGUUCUGAUUCAGUUUUCUAAUGACAAACCAAUUCCUGACGCCGGCAAAAACCGAGACGGGAGUCUGGCCUCAUUCCUUGUUAUAGCAACACACGAAGAACAUUUCAUCCAGGGAAACUACUUACUGAUCGACAAAAUAGGUAAGGAUACUGCAGCUGUUGCCCUCAGUCCUGAGAUUUCCGUGACAGAAAUCACCGGGUACAAGCAGAAAUCUGACGAAGAAUUCCAGAACUUCAUCAAGGAACUGGACAGCUUUGUGGAUGAAAAUUGCACCUUUCCGGAGACCAACUGUGAUCUUAGAAUAAAGAAAUAUAAUAUACUUGAUCCGGAGAUAAGGGAAGUGGUUCGUAGUGACAAUAUAUUUCCUUCUGGUAUCUAUGGAGACACGGGGGAGAGGCUACCAGCGCCCCCUGUACCAGCACGUGGUAGAUCCCUCAAACUCAAACCAGACAAUAAGAAUGAAGAGGAAUUGGAUGAACAUUACACCAAAAUUAAGGACAUACCACGUUCCAAUAAUUCAAACUACGCAAAACUUGCAAAAACUUUCGAAGAAAAGGUGGAACCUUCUGAGAAUACUUCUAAAGAAUCAGUGGCGCUGGUCAAGUUCACGCAGAGCAACAUGUCGGUGAAGGAAGUGGGAAACAUGCUGAAGAAAUUAAAACUCGGUAGACACGCAAAAAGGUUCAAGAGUGAAAUGAUUGACGGCGAAAUACUGAAAGAGUUGACGAGAUCAAUCCUUGUGAACGAUUUCAACUUUACUCAUGUAGAAGCUAUACGACUGGAGAAAUACAUCGAAUCUGGUCACGUGCCAGAAUAAACAAGGUCUCAACAUCAUUGUCAGUAGUUCAUUACAUCAUCAGAACUUAGCUGGAGUGUGUUCAUAUUUUAAUGCUGUGUUUAUUGUAAUGCAUCAGCCACUCAAGUACUCUCGUAAAUUGUAAUAUCUUUUCAGUGAUUUUGUUUUACAAAUAUUAAACCGUCAUAGUGUCAGAA